AUGGAAGGUCUUAGGGCGGCAGGCUUCGCUUGCUACCCGCCCGACGUAAAUAAAUACAACAACAACAACAACAACAUCCCACCCAUACACGAGCUGAGUCUCAAAUUCUUGAAAGUGUCGUUGGAAUAUCCUCAUGCUGCCCGAGCUCUCUUCAAGGCUCAAGCCAACCCGUCGACAAACCCGCAAUCACUCUCGAAAAAACCAAUAUACCCCCCCCCCCCAAAAAAUAUGCCUGGCUUCUGGACAAUCGGAUGCCUCUACGGCGCAUCCGCCGUAACCCUCGGCGCCUUCGGAGCCCACGGCCUGAAGAAGCGCAUCGCAGACCCCCAACGCAUCGCGAACUGGAGCACGGCUGCCCAGUACCAACUUGUCCAUUCGGGCAUUCUGCUCGUGGGCACCGUCGCCGCGCCGCAGAACAAGCUUGCCGCCUCCCUCCUCGUGGCCGGCAUGACCAUGUUCAGCGGCAGCAUCUACCUUCUCACCCUCGAUCCGCAGAGGUUCAAGUUCUUGGGACCGGUUACGCCGCUGGGGGGGCUGUGUUUGAUUGGGGGGUGGGCGGCACUGGCGUUUGGGAGGAGGAUUCCAUUUCCGAGGUAG